AGUGAGGUGAACUGAGGUGGGUGGAAAAAGAAAGAAGAGGAUGAAUGAAGCACAAAGAGUAGAAAGCAAGACAGACGAGUACAACUAUAGAAAGAUCUAAACAAAAAGGACAGGUCAGCAAGCACUUUUCACCUGAAGAGGCAGUUGUUGAGAUACAAAGGAAAGUGAAGGGAAAGUUUUCUGAGGAUCAUCAACAACAAAAGGACAACUUACAGCUCAGAGAAAGAAGGCUUUCCUCCUGGAGGAGAAAGUGGACCACUGCUCAAGAGUUUAAGACAAAGGUCAGGACGAGCCUGCAUUUAUGCACUUUCACAUGAUUCCACUCAGUUCUCUCGGUUUGCUUCCUCUGCUGGCGCUCUAUGUGGGAGCACUGCUGUCCUCGGAUGCAUCUCCGGCCUGCACGCACCCUCCCUGCAGGGACAGUCUGGUAGCUGCACCCAUCCAGCCCGGGAUGGUGGGAAGAGUGGGCACUGGGGCCUGUGAGGGUCAAACGGCCUGCAGGAUAGGGGUUUCACUUCCAGCCACCUCAGAUGUUCCUCGGAGGGGGGAGCACAGGCAGGAUUUCCCCCAGGUUCAGCCUAAGACUGGAGGUGUGAAAGAGCGUCUCGUUCGGCUGCAGCGCUGCAUGCACUCUCUCCAGGAAACAGGGGGCCCUUGGAGUCACGGGGGCCAGGAGAGCAACUCUCUAGGGGCCAUCCUGGCACUAAUGGCAGCUGUACUGACAGAGUGUGACCUCCACUGUCACAGCCAGGCCCUUGGGGCGAUGGCCAAACGACUUGAGAGUGCAGCCGUGGGAAGAGAGGGGGAGAGAGACCUGCUGCUUUUCCUGAAAAGCAUCACACAAUAUUCACCCACAGUUGCACCCUUGGACAGGUUACAUCCCCAGGACUGUGCAGAGAUUUACAGGCUUGGGAUCAAAGAGAAUGGAAUCUACACCAUCCAGCCUGACCUGCAAAGGCCGGCAUUGGAGGCUAAAUGUGACAUGGAGAUGGCAGGUGGUGGGUGGACAGUGAUCCAGAAUCGGCAGGACGGCUCGGUGGACUUCAACAGGACAUGGCAGGAAUACCGGGAGGGCUUUGGCGGUCCGCAGGGAGAGCAUUGGCUGGGGAACGCAGCGCUGCAAGCCCUUACCUCCACUGGCCAGCACCAACUCCGCAUCGAGCUGGAGGACUGGCACCAGCAGAAACGCCAUGCUACCUACAGCAACUUCAAAGUGGCUUCAGAGGCACAGAGGUAUCGUCUAACAGCACGGGAGUACUCUGGUGAUGCAGGCAACGCAUUGAGCUACAGCAAACGUUACAACCAUGAUGGCAGAUCCUUCAGCACGUCUGACCGAGACCACGACCGCUAUGCAGCUGGAAACUGUGGUCAUUACUACGGUGCAGGCUGGUGGUUUGAUGCCUGCUUGGCAGCUAACCUGAAUGGACGGUAUUACCGUGGGCGCUACAGUGGGGUGACCAACGGGAUCUACUGGGGGACAUGGUACAUCCUGACAGAUGGACGAACUGGAGAGCGCUACUCCUUCAAGAGGGUGGAGAUGAAGACGAGACCCAAAAACUUUGUAGGAACAUCCUAAAUAAUGAUGACAAUUCUCACAGAUAAUCAUGUCAACCACACUUUUCUUUAGUCACUGUGUGGACAUCACUCUCCUUGAGCCUCUUUCAUGUCGCUCAGUAGUUACAUGCUGAUGGCAGCUAAUAGAUUAAAGAAAGAAACAUAGUAAUGUAAAACAAAGUAAUGUGUACACAUCCACUAGCAAACAGUUUGAAGCUUCACUCCAUAUUACAAUAUUUGUCUGUUUAUUAAGGGCUUCUCUUUUGCAAAACCAUAUUUAUAGUGUUACUCCAUAAAUACAAAUACAUAUAUAGUGAAAGUACUGCUUGUAGAAGUUGUGAUUGUUAUA